AUGUACAUAUCGAAGCUGGCACACAAGCUCAAUCCUCCCUUUCUCUUGCUCUUGAACCUUCACCUAACAGAGAUGAGGAUCCAGAAAGAGAAAAAAAGACGAGUCCAUGCGGAAUAUAUAUACCUGUCUUUCUUCUUCUCAAGAUAUCUCUGCAGUGAAGCUUUUCUGCCGGAAGGACCUUCGACUAAUUUGAAAAAGGAUGAAAUAUAUAAGAAUAAAAUUUUGAUGGAAGCUUUAUGGAGCUCAUUAGAAAAGUCAUCGGAAAUAUGCUUACCAGGGGUCCCUUCAAGAAGCAUGAUACUUUCUUCUCCAAUAGUUAGCGAGUUGUCCCUCAUGUUCGCUGCAAAGACAUUCGAGAGAAAAACACCAAGGAUGGUGAGAGCUUUUGGGAGUCCAAGUGAAGGUUGCAGUAUUCUAGCAUCAUUCAGCUGCUCCUCUGAGAACUCUAGUGGACUGGCUGCAAUGUGCAUUAUCGCCCGAGCCUAA